AUGUUUAAUCGUACUACACAAUUAAGAUCUAAGCACCCCUGCUCCGUGUGCACGAGACGAAAAGUUAAAUGUGAUCGUAUGAUACCAUGCGGAAACUGCAGGAAGAGGGGACAGGACUCUGAAUGUAUAAAAUCAACAAAACUGAUGGCGACCUCCUCCUCAGAGGAAUAUCUUCCUGAUCUAUUACUAUUUUGGCAAAACUAUGAGUAUUGGAUAACAAACGUUGGGCUAUACAAAACGAAGCAAAGGGACCUUUAUAAAAUACAAUCUAAUUUGGACGAAGACAUCAAUGAAUGCAGAUUUUGGAUGGAUUAUCUCCAAAAAGAUCAGUCGUUUCAACUGAUGAACUUUGCUAUGGAAAAUCUAGGUGUCUUGUAUUUUGGGUCCAUUGGAGAUAUUAGCGAACUAUAUCUGAGAGUAGAGCAAUACUGGGAUAGAAGAGCGGACAAGAAACACAGUGUGGAUAGUCAAUACUGGGAUGCAUUGAUAUGGUCCGUCUUUACCAUGUGCGUUUAUUAUAUGCCUGUUGAAAAGUUGGAAAAAAUAUUCUCUUCAUAUCCCCUUCGUGAUCAUUUGGGUAGUGAUGAAAGGCUGAGCUGGAGUGAUAGUAUGCAAUUAACUAUGUACCAAAAAUUUGCACGCUGCUCUCUUCUGCAACUAAAAGAAUGUGAUUUCAUGGCAUAUCCAGAUAUAAGGCUUAUUCAAACAUAUCUGAUAUUAGCUACUACAACCUUCCCAUAUGAUGAACCGUUGUUGGCGAAUUCGUUAUUAGCACAGUGCAUUCAUACUUUCAAAAAUUUCCAUGUUGACGACUUUAGGCCCUUACUUAAUGAUGAUCCCGUUGAGAGCAUAGCGAAAGUAACCUUGGGGAGAAUAUUUUACCGGCUAUGUGGAUGUGACUAUCUUCAAUCGGGGCCACGCAAACCAAUUACACUUCAUACCGAAGUAUCCUCUUUACUACAACAUGCUGCGUAUUUACAAGAUUUACCUAAUGUCGAUGUUUAUAGAGAAGAAAACAGCACAGAAUUGCUAUAUUGGAAAAUCAUGUCAUUAGAUAGAGAUUUAGAUCAAUAUUUGAACAAGUCAUCCAAGCCGCCCUUGAAAACAUUGGACGCGAUAAGAAGGGAGCUCGACAUUUUUCAAUACAAGGUAGACUCAUUGGAAGAAGAUUCUAGAUCAAAUAAUAGCAGGUUUGAAAAAUUUAUUGCGCUCUUUCAAAUAUCUACUGUUUCAUGGAAAUUAUUUAAAAUGUAUCUAAUAUAUUACGAUACCGCAGAUUCACUGCUAAAAGUUAUACACUAUUCUAAAGUAAUCAUCAGUCUUAUUGUUAAUAACUUUCAAGUGAAAAGUGAGUUUUUCAAUAGACAUCCAAUGGUACUUCAAACCAUCACGCGGGUGGUAUCUUUCAUGUCCUUCUAUCAAAUAUUUAUGGAAUCGAACGCUGUCCAAGAACUUUUAGUAGAUCUAACUGAACUUAUUGCAAACCUGCCUUUUAUAUUUGGUCCAAAAUUAGAUAAAAUAACUUACCUAAUCGAAAGGUUCAAUAAAUUAAAACAAUUAUGGGACAAGGUACGACUCCUUGACUCGGGUGAUUCAUUCUACCACCCUGUUUUCAAGAUUCUACAAAAUGACAUCAAGAUAGUUGAACUGAAGAAUAAUGAAAUGUUUUUCCUCAUUAAAGGGCUAGGGUCUUUGGUUCCAUUAAACAAACUUAGAGAAGAAUAUCUGUUUGAGGAAGAUGGUGAAAACAGUAAAGAACCUGGUGACUUCAGAAUUAUUGUAGAAGAGUUCCAAUCCGAAUAUAGCAUCACUGAUAUUCUUUCCUAA